AUGCUACCAAGGCUUGAGUAUCAAACUGGUCAAACUUUAUACACACCACAACCCGCCACUGAGGAAGAGCGAAACAUUGUUCAACCUCUUGAUUGUUAUGUUCCUGAGAUGCUGCCAAGGCUUGAGUAUCAAACUGGACAGACCUUAUACUCACCACAGUCAGCGAUUAGUCAAAUCUCUAACGAGAGUUCCAUUAACCUCCCUCCGAGCUUCACCACCUUACUCUCUGGUUGCUACCCCAACUCCACUCUAGGACAAACAACUAUAAAGCAGGAUCCUGAUCUAAAGUCACAGAUACUGAAGUACAUGGAAGAUUCUGCAUUUCAAGAUAUGCUGCAGAAAGUAGAGAGAAUUAUGGACGAAAUCGGAGGUAACUGGAUCCUCUGA